AUGAAAGCACCUACGCUCGAAAAAAUGGUCAUGCGUGUCAUUGAGUCGGUCCAACCUGUUCUGUACGAGCACUAUGUGACCAUGCCAACCAUGGCCGAGCUUCGAGAAAAGGGAUCCCUCUUUCGGAACAAUCCGUACGCGAAAUACGCAACUGACGUCAAGUUCCAGCCAUCCAACCGCCCAACUGGUCGUUUUGGCGAGCAAAAGCACUACUUCAGUGUCAAGCAUAAACUAUACGGUCUCAAGAUCGAGGCAUCUGUCUCACCUGAAGGUCUCCUUGUCGACAUGAGUGCGCACGAGCCAGGGUCGUUGACAAAGGCUACGUCGGCCUGA